AUGGUAAAGGGUAAUAAUAAGCCAACAAAGUUAGGUGAUACCUUAAUUAAAUCAAGAAAUAAGAAACUAGGUAGAACAUUCAAUGAACAAACCAUUGGUAUGUUUACAACAGAUAUUGAUCCAAAAGAAGAAAGAAAGAAAUUAGUAUCAAAUACAGAUACAGGUAAUAAUUUAGAGAAUUUUUUAGAGAUAACAUCGUUAGAACAAAAAGUAUUUGAAAGUGAGAAACAAAAUGUAGUAGUUAUAAGUAAAACAUCAUCUACAGUAUUAUCAAAAGAAGAGAAAGAGAAAAAGACGAAUGAUCAUCAAAAACUUAUGGAAAAACAUAGACUCUAUUGGAAUUCAUUGACUAUUCCACGUAGACCACAAUGGAAUGAAAAUACCACAACCGAAGAAUUGUUAGAAUUGGAGAAAGAAGUAUUUUAUCAUUGGAGAAAAGGUAUUGCAAAGUUGGAAGAGGAACAAGGUUUAUUGGUAACACCAUUUGAAAAGAAUGCUGAAGUUUGGAAACAAUUGUGGCGUGUUGCUGAACGUUCCGAUCUUUUAGUACAAAUUGUUGAUUGUAGAAAUCCAUUAUUAUUUAGAUGUCCAGAUUUAGAGAAAUACGUCAAAGAGAUCAAUGUUAACAAGGUCAAUUUACUCUUGGUCAAUAAGGCUGAUUUACUUACAAAGUUACAAAGAAAGAAAUGGGCAAAAUAUUUCGAAUCUGAAGGUGUAGAGUUUAGAUUCUUUUCAGCUCAUAAAGAACAAGUACGUAUUGAAAAACAAAGACAAUUACAACGUUUAAUCGAAGAGGGUUCCAUUGAUCAUGAACUCUUUGAACAAGAGGAAAAGAAAAGAAAAGAACAAUUGGCUGCAGCAUCCAUUCAAUUAACACCAGAGGAAACUCUUGAAGAUUUAAAGAUUAAAAUCUAUAAUCGUGAAGAGAUUUUAGAAGAGUUUUUAAAACUUCAACCAAAACCUUUGGCUGAUAAUCGUUAUAAUAAUCGUGUUGUCGUUGGUUUAGCAGGUUAUCCAAAUGUUGGUAAAUCUUCAACUAUCAAUGUUUUAUAUGGUGAAAAGAAAGUUGCCGUCGCUGCAACUCCUGGUAAAACUAAAUAUGUUCAAACCAUUAUACUCGAUGAUGAAAUUGUUCUAUUGGAUUGUCCUGGUUUGGUUUUUCCAACACUUUCAACUUCAAAAGCAGAUUUGGUUUGUAAUGGUUUACUUCCAAUCGAUCAAUUACGUGAUUUCAUUUCACCUGUAGAUUUGAUUUGUGAACGUUUACCAAGAUCACAUCUAGAGGAAAUCUAUCGUGUUGGUAUUCCAAAACCACAAGAACAUGAACCACAAGAUAGACCUCCAACCGCAAAUGAAUUCUUAUCUGCCUAUGGUUAUAUGAGAGGUUUUCGUACUGUUCAUGGUGCCCCAGAUCAAUCUCGUGCUGCUCGUAUCGUUUUAAAAGAUUUUGUAAAUGGUAAAUUAUUAUAUUGUCAUCCACCACCAGGUUUUGAUUCUAUUAAAUUUCAAAGAAAAACAAUAAAAGGUAGUAAUUUAAUUAUUAAUAAUGAAAAUGAAUUUGAUAAUAAUAAUACUACUACAACUACUACUACUACAAAUGAAACUCAACAUAAAAUUUCACAUUUUGGUUCAACAAGUGAUGAUUUAACAGUUACUGGUAAAAAAGUUACAUAUGAUUUCAAUAAAGAUAAUGAAGCAAAAUAUAUUUAUCAAGAUCAAGUUUCAGCUUUAACAAAAGAUAAAUCAAAGAAAAAGAAAAAAGUUAUAAAUUUACAAAAAGAACACAUUGAUUCAAAUAAAAAAGAUGCUUAUACUCGUACUCAAUUCCUUCAUUCAACUACUCCUGAAGCUGCUAAAUUAGAAAAUAUGUCCAAAAAAGAAAAAGAAGAAAAUUCAAGAAAACGUUUAGAACAAAUUAAAGCUUUAAAACAACAAAUUUUACAACAACAACAACAACAACAACCAACAACAACAACAACAACAACAACAACAACAACAACAACAACAACUGAUGAACAAAAUUAA